AUGCGGUCUAUAACUCUUCAGAAUCCAUGUUGAAUCAGGAUAAGUCCCCGCUUCUUGCGAAGGUAAUAAUUAUCGAGUGAUGGACGACUAAGCGGGUUGAGUGAGCCAAACCCCAACAGAACAGAAUCGCGGAUCAAGUUGAAAUCAGAGCCUGCUCCUGCCAAAAAGGUAGGCGAUGAACGAUUGAUGGGGAUGGCUAUGGCAGCAUGAUCGAGCUCCUGAGAUCAACGCAUGGUCUGAAUAACCCUACCCAACAGAUUAAAACAGGUAAGAAGACAGCUGACACAGAAUUAGUGGGUGAAGGCAAAAACUUUAAUGGCGUGAUUAAGAAAGGGGAGGAAGAUAAUUGACUAGUGAGAAGGGAGUGGGGAUGAUGUGUCUGUGUGCAGGAACAGCGGAAGAAGGUCCUACGAAAAUGGGGGAUGGUCCCAAAUCUAGGGUCGAUGUUUAAUAGAAUUAAGUUUGGGGGUUACCAGUUGGGAAACGACAGAGGGCCUCCACUACUCUAACUGCUGGGAGUUGUGCUAGAAGAAGUGAGCAAGCCUGCCUGGCUUUGGCUGGCCCCUGAAUCAUAAUAUUUAACGCUCUACUCUCCUUGCCACUAUCUUUACAGUUUCUUGACCCAUAAACGGAGGAGACGUCGUCAGGCGAGGGAGGGAAGCGGGAUGUGGCUGUUCAAGAAGAAUGGGCCAUCUGGGUUCUCUUCUUCUUCCACUGCCGAGCAAGUCACUUCUGGGAUUGAUGCCUCUUCUCUCACCGCCAUUGUUACAGGAGCAUCCAGUGGGAUUGGUGCUGAAACAGCUCGUGUUUUGGCAGUGAGGGGAGUUAAUGUAGUCAUGGGGGUAAGGAAUAUGGAUUCAGGUAAAAAAGUGAGAGAAGAAAUUGUUAAACAAGCCCCCUCUGCCAAAGUUGAUGCCAUGGAAUUGGACCUCAGUUCUUUGGCCUCCGUCCGGAAAUUUGCCUCAGCUUUCAACUCCUCUGGUCGUCGUCUCAACCUUCUUAUGUAUGUACAACACCACUAUAACAAUGCAGGCGUUAUGGCAACCCCCUUCACACUUUCCAAAGACAAGAUUGAGCUGCAGUUCGCAACUAACCAUUUGGGUCAUUUUCUCCUGACCAAUCUACUGUUGGAGAAUAUGAAAAAAACUGCUGUCGAAAGUAAGAAGGAAGGAAGGAUUGUAGUGGUUGCGUCAGAGGCUCACCGGGCUACAUAUCCUAACGGCAUCCGUUUCGAUAAAAUUAAUGACAAGUCAGGAGUGAAAAAGAAGUCAUUGGUUUUACCUGUGUACAGAUAUUCCUCUUACCUUGCAUACGGGCAAUCAAAGCUUGCUAAUAUCUUGCAUGCAAAGGAGCUUUCCAGACGUUUAAAGGAAGAAGGGGCAAAUGUAACUGCAAAUUCUCUUCAUCCUGGAGUAAUUGCCACCAAUCUUUUCCGUCACAUGACUCUCAUCUCUGUUCCUGUGGUUUCAGGCGUAAUCGAAGCAGUUGGUAAGCUUGCAUUCAAGAAUGUUGAGCAGGGUGCAGCUACAACCUGCUACGUCGCAUUGCAUCCACAGGUGAAAGGGAUAAGUGGCGAGUAUUUCUCUGACAGUAAUUUGUCGAAACCAACCUCUUUUGGGCAGGAUGCUGCCUUGGGAAAGAAGCUAUGGGACUUCAGCAUGGAGUUGGUCAAGUAAUCAUCCAUGAAAAAGCCACAGAUUAUUACAGGACCCUUCAAAAAAUAAAUGUUUUUUUUCCACGACAAUUAUUUAUAUCCAAUCUCUCCUUGUUAUUUUAUUUUAUAGAAAAACAUGAAAGAUAGAAAAGACUAGUAGAAGUAAUUGUCUCGAAGCACCAGAGACUUUCAGCUGACCUCUACAGUUCCUCAUGUAUAUGGUAAUGGAAGUUGCUGGCUUACGAGUAAAAGUCGAGAUUUUCAAUGGACAGGUGUUUGUAGCGUAUUAAGGGGUUCAUGAAUUUACUGGACAUCUCAAGGUCGUGUAAAUGUAUGGAUUUGUGUAGUGUGAUUACCUAUAAUAGUUUAGUAUGCAGUGGCGUUGUGCAGGGAUAACUUGAGUCCCAAGAAACACCUAUGUUCUAGUUGGCAAUGGUCUAUCUCAAUUACCUGCAGAAUGACAGGUAAGAGCAGAAAAAUCAUGGGAAUCAACAGCUUCUCAGCGUCCAUAUACUCUUAGUGGUGUGUACAUACAACAACAAAUUCAGUUUCCAACAGAAAACAGAGUUCAGUUAUACAACAGGACAGUUAUAAGAAGCCAGCAAGAUAGAUAUGCACAAGGCUCCAUUUCCCAAACAGAUUCUUCAGUUCCAAUUGGCACAUUCACUUCACUUUAUCCAACUUCUGUACAUCAAUCUGAACAAAACUUAACAAAGGCGCCAAAUUCCCUUCUCCGUCUUCUGUUAUCUCGCCGCGAUCUUCUAAAAGAAUAUACCUGCCUUGCAUUCCAAGCUAACCAACUGCCACACAUUGGAACAAUGCAGCCACAAGCUGGCCCUAGUAAAUCGACCCAAAAUAACAUUACCAGAAGAACCUAGCAUCAGCCAGCUUAGCAUUGUUCUCUCUCUCUCUCUCAAAUCUGAACCAACCAACCUUAUUCCUCAUUUCCAUCCUCACGCGACCUUAUUGUUUACAUUAGCAUCCUGACAGAAAAGAAUCCCAAAAGUUGGAU